AUGAGAGCACCCACCGCACCCACUGUUGCCAUUGACCUAGGAGAUGAUUUCCAAUUCGGUCCUACCGUUCUUGAACCGAGUACAUUGCCAGUCAAGAAUGGCGACAAAGAAACCAACGGACUGGGAGGAGCCAAUCGUGUUCAUGGCACCAACAAUGGUGUUGACGUGACUUCCCUUGAUAUCCUAUCGAAGUUCGAGGGAACAUUCAGUGGCUUUGGCUUCAACACAAUCUUCAGGCCUAACAGCCAGAAGACACCUACACCACUGCCUGUAACGCCACCACCUAGUGACCCAUCGGACAACAUUCUAGAACUCAACCUGACGAGUGAGACCAUGGCCUUCAGCAAACCCCUUGGCAAUGUGCCCAAUCGUGGGUUGGAUGCGCAGGCCGAUAUCAUGCUCAACGGUCGGCCGUACACGCAAACCAUAACGGACAUCACCGAGGUUGUGGUACCUUCCGAGAAACAGCCGGUGAUUCAUUUUGAACCCGGGCUCUGGAUGCGUGUGCCUGCGAGCAUCGAGAUGCCUGAUCUUCCAGCAUCCUUUUCGCGCAUGGCCUCCAUUCCCCAUGGAACAGCCAUCAAUGCUCAGUGUUUUGAGCAGCCUACCACGUUCCAAGGGGCGCCAGCUAUCCCUCCUGUGUCCAUCACACCUACCAGUGUGCAGAAGGGGACCCCAAUACCGUUCAGGAGCCAAGUCCUUGUCAAGGGUGAUACUCAUCGCCUGCCACAAGAUCUCUCGCCCUUUGCACAAGAGGGAACGAUCACACAAACCAUUCUCGACGACCCGAACACUGUGCUGAGAAACGCCAAUCAAGGCAAGACUAUCACGGAGAACACCACAUUCACAGUCAUGACAGCGGCUACUCAACCCGAUCUCGGCGGAGGCACGAGCAACAUCGGCUUCCUGAUUGGAGCCGAUGCCGGGAUUAAAACUGCGUCUCCCGGCAAUAGGAGUGGUAACGCCAAUGCAGCCAGAGUCUCAGCUCAAUACUGGGUGUCAAAGGUGCGCUCAGAGAUCCAGCUUGAGCCUUCCAAUACAAAAGAUGAGCCCAAGAAGAUGGUGUCACCCCCAUCUCUUGGCGCAAGGGAUGUGGUUCCUCGAUUCUUGGUUGACUUUGACGUACCAUCUCCAAAGAAAGUCGCCAUAGAGUACAACCAAAUUCAGUACUCUCAGCUUGUUAUUCUGGAUUUCAAUGGUCUUAACUGGCCGCAUGUUACGGUGGCAACGCUUGCUCCCACUGCUCGCCAGAAGCUCUCAUCUGUCAUUGUGGCCGAGUAG